UUUUAAUUUGGAGCAAAAUGUCAAAAAGUUACAGAAAAUUAAGUAAACAAACUAUAAAAGCAGAUUAUAAAGACCCAUAAACAUAAACAACGAGAGCAGCGGAGAGGUGCUCCUCGAGAUAUGCAAAUGAAUUCGAAUAGGAAAUCCGAGGGAAACUAACUUCAACCGUUGAUAACUUCAUUAACAAAUUGGAUCCGAGAUGCGCCGAACUAAUGGCAGCUAAAGCAGCCUUUGCUUGUGAGAUAAUAUAUCUAAAUUCCAAGUGAGAGGAUAUAAAAUGACCGACCAUUCAGCCCAUCCAAACGAGGAGGAGGUGAUCGGGGACAUCUACUUGUCCCUACUCUCGCGACAUGCCCACAGAUAUCCAGAGGAUGGAAGCCACAAGUCGUGGAUCCUUCCGCGCAUGAUGGUUCUGUUCGCCAGUGGGGAUAUGGAUCAGGUUAUAGAGGCCAUAGUCUCGGACAUGAUCCAUCCGAUUGGUACUGGACUGGUGGCCAGUGUUCUGGUCGAGGAGUCCAUACGGGACGAGAUGAUUAAGAGAAUACGAGCCAACUUGAAGCCGAUGAGCGAGCGCAUCCAACACCAUCCCAAUUACCUGAAGACAGUGAAGCUCAUCGAUCGAAUGAACUGCUCCACCAUUCACAUCGAGGAGUUCGAGGAGUCGGAUACGAAGAAGCGUUAUGGUCGCCGGAUGAAGGGAUCCCCUUUGAUAGUCUUGGAUUUCCCCCAAUUCUAUUUCGGUGGCAAGCCCACGGCCAUAAUGACUAUGAGCACCUUUCGCAAUAUGAAUGAAGUGGUUAAGUUGCAUUCGCGCGAAGGUCUGAAUUUCGACUGUAUUACCGUGUGGUCAGCCAAGUUGGCCCAGUGCUUCGACCUGCUCACCAGGGUGCCCACGGUGGACCAGUGGACCUUCAACUGCACCAAGGAAUCCAUCAAGGUUCCAAAACUGCCAGCUCAACCGACCACCACAGUUAUAAUCGUUAAGAACAUUCACUAUGAAGUCCACGUCAUUGGCGGAAAGAUCAAAACUAUAGCGUUUCCAAUCGUAGAUACUUCUUGAGCUGAGCUUUUAUAAAUGCAUUCCACGGCAAUAAGACAC